CUGUGUGUGUUUUAAUAAAGAGAGACGUUGAUUAAAAAUGGUGGAUGUUUGUCAUUAAAUCAUCUCGCCAUCUGAUUGGAAAUAUGCGCUCAGGUUAUUCGCGUGUGGUUUAGAAUUUUCGUGCUGCUGCGAGGUGAAAUGGUCGGCCCGUGCUGAAUCGCCCGUGCUGGUUCUUUCUAUAUUAAGGCAAAAUGUGCGAUGCGUGCUCCGAUUUCUUGCAGUUACUAUUAUCUUAUGAAACUAAAGUCUCGAGAGAGCCCAUUGAGCUACCCGUGUUGAGCAAACAGGACAUAGCAGUUCUGCUGCUUUACAUACAAACAUGGCCAACAAGGCAAUGCAUGUGCUGCUACAGAGAUCCGAAAAACCUGGAGAGAUUCAGCAUAAUAACGCAGGGUGUUAUAUACGUUUCGGUGUGUCAGCUGAAGGCGUUGAGCGAGAGUGAGGUGCAGAAGCAGACGAAGAGCGACGAUGAGAGUGGAAAAUCUCAGCCGGCGCCGCCUCUGGACGAGGAAGCCGUAUCGAAGAUACAGGAACGUGAUAAGCUGCUCAUUCUCGUCUCGAAGAUAUUCCUGCUGAAUUUUCCGCUGUACGUUGCGUUCAAGCACACCAUUCAGGCGAAACUCGACGAUCUGACGCAGCAGGAGAUCCAAGCUCUAAAUCUGUUCUGCGAUCUACACGAUUCGGAGAUUCCGAUUUACUUGCUCAGGAACGUCAGCCUGUUUUGCAAGACCGGUGGGUUGCAUGCCAUGACGUCGUGCUUCACUCAACUUACGCCCGAAGCUCUACCAGUUUCAACGGCGCAUGCUAUGAUCUCUGUAGUUUGCAACUUAAAGCUAUGGAUGAACUUUAAGAGUAUGAUGUCUCUACUAGUUCCAUUGAGGUCUUGCGUUUUACGUUACAUGUGCAAAUUAUCGGAUCAAGAUCUACGUACUCCGACGAUAAAAAGCAUGGCUGAUUUUAUGUGGAAUGCAAUUAAAGAUCCAUUAGAUACACCAAUGGCAUUUGAUUUGGAUGGUUUAGAUUUGGCAUUCAAGUAUUUCACGUCUAGUACGCUCACGAUGCGAUUGGCCGGCAUCACGCAGAUCAACAACCAGAUCGGCGUAUUGGCCGAACUCUGUGUAGGAGAGGGUCUUCCGGAAGCAGAAGCAGCCCCUCGACACAUGGCCGAUUGGCUCAUCAGUAACAAUAUUAUUUCUCAUAUAUUCGGUCCAAAUUUACAUGUAGAGGUUAUUAAACAGAGUCAUAUUAUUUUAAAUUUCUUGGCGAUGGAAGGUCGCAUAAUGUGCGAACAUAUGGACAUCAUCUGGGCGGCGGCACAGUUGAAGCACUGCGCGAAACCCGUUCAUGAUUUGCUUCCCGGAUUGGUGAAACAUCUUUCGUCGCCGCCGGCCUUGCAUCUUUACAGUUUACUAGUUAAAUUGGAACCUAAAGAUCACACCGAACAGACCCUCUAUUUGGCAUCAGCGUUGAUAAAAUUUAUAUGGACUCGAGGUGGAGCAGGGGCGGAAACGGGAUUGAUCAGUUUGGCGGCUUCAGCUGCUGGUAUAGCGUUACAUAAAUGUGCUAGUUCAUCAGAAAACAGUGUCAGUUUAGAUCCCAGCAAUUCUGAAGAGGACCACCCGGACAGCGGACAUUCGGAGAGCCACAAAUCCGACAGCGAGGAUAUCGAUGGGGUGGAGAUUGAUGAGGAUAUUGCGGUGGAUAGCAGCGAAGGACCAACGCCAUGUAAGAUGCCCAGGAAGCAGACCUGCAACGUCGUCGUGGAAGAGGCUGGAAGCAGCAGCGACAACCUCGACUCCGCCAAAAGAAAGGCCAAAGACAAGAUGAACAGCGGUGGAUCUAUUAGAGCUAAGCCCGAAAAGAGGCAAAUAAGUUCUGUGCGCAAAAAGCUAUUAAACAGUUCUAAUGAGAUGCCCGAAGGUAUUGAGACAAUCGCAUCCAGUAGUUCGCAAGACGAAAUUGAAGGAACUGAUGCGUCCAAGUUUCGGAAGAGGAGAAAAAUGUUAAGAAAAAAUAGGGUUAAAAAGAUAAGAGAUAAGCGUAGACCCGAUGUUGCAGAAAUUGAGACAUUGAGCGAUGCCGAAGCAGAUAGCGAUCAAGAAAUCAAACGUGCUGCAUUAAAGGAAGUUGCAAGUCUCAUGAUGCCAGCAGAAGUGAAUAGUCUUGUGGAUGCUGGAUUGAAACAAGCUGUGUAUUUAGAAGAAAGCUCCUCUUGCAGCGAAUUGGGCAAAGAAGCUGCAGCGUUGGAGGCUCAUGAAGGUCCAUGUACUAAUUCUUAUCUCACGAUUCAUCCACGUUCUGCAAGUCACAUGUUGGAACUUUUAAGCGGCGAUGAAGCUGAAGUCGAGGGCGACGCUGAUGGUAGCUACUCAUCGAGAAUGAGCAAUAAAUCAGAAAAGAACAUGGCAGAUUUUGAUGGAGAAGAUUCCGUUUGCGAGGAGGAACUUGCUCAACUUGCAGAGCAACAAGCUCAAAUGAAUUUGCACGCUCUGAUAAGCCGAGCUUCGCCUGAAAAAUCUCCGGUGCGUUUAGAUCCUCGAUUAUCCGCUUGCUUCAAAUUGGAAAAUGUCUGUCAGCCAGGAAAUACCCUUCUCUGGGAUUUGCUGCAAGAUAACAAAAUUGGUCAGCUGGGGGAAGGUCUAGCAUUGGAAGCGGAGAAAACGUUGUGCAAUCUUCUUUGCUACAAUACGGAGCGCAUCAUUCGUAUGAAAUUUAUAGAAGGGUGUUUGCACAAUUUAGCGAAUAAUACAUCUGUGAUAGUGUCGCUGCGUUUGCUACCAAAAUUACUAACAUCUUUUCAACAAUUCAGAAACCUCGACAUGCAUCAUGUAACUCAUUGGGCGGAACGUCAGCAUCACAUGAUGUCGCAUUUCUUCAGCAACUUGAAAGCUUACACUGCAAAUCCGGAUAAGGUUGUGCAUCUGUAUUCGCAUCAGAUGGAGGUGCAGGUCCGAUUACAUUUCCUUUCGGCCGUUUUCUCACCGUUGGUUUCGCCCAGUAAUUUCAAAUUGGUAAUUGAACAAGUGGAUACUUUGUGGGAAUGCUUGGCGCACGACGCCGAAUGUGCAGAUGAACUCUUCAGUUGGUUACUGUCUCAAGCAAAGAGCACCGAACUGCAUGCUCUGGGCAUUGAAGCACUCAAACGCUUGUAUCUCGUCCACUUGCCAAGCUUAUCACCGGAAACUUUCAGCAUGACUUGCUUGAGUCUGUUCCAGCAACUUUGUAAUUUGGCUAGAAUAGCGACUGCUAAUAUGGACAGCAGUAGCCAAGACGGUUACAUCCUCGGUAUGGAUCAUAUGUGGAAAAUUGCGCUUAGAGCAAACAGCACAGAUGUUAGUAUGGCAGCUAUACAAUAUUUGAACAGCUACUACAUGGGACAGAAUCUGCAACAUGAAAGUCAAUUUGUGACGCAAUGUAUGACGAAUUUGGCCGCUGCUACCGAAGAUUUGGUUAAUGCGAAAUCUCCAGGAUCCGAAGAACCUCCUCUGCUGUGCAUUCAAAGAGCUUUGUUGUUACUGAAAACACAUAUGGAGACGUUCAGGAGAAGGUAUGCCUAUCAUCUGAGGAGAUGGGCUUUAGAAGGCAAAGGUAUUGGAAGUCACGCUUCUUUAGGUGAUCGAACAUCCACACCAAUUAGAUUGGUUAUUCAACCAGCUGGAAUGUCUGAAAGGUGCUUAUUGGAAUUACUUGGAUCCGAUUACGUGGCGGAUCUUAGAGCAGAAAUAGCAAAAUGGUGGGAAGAUCUUUGUAAUCUAAAAAGAUCCGAAUCGGAAAACGCCGCCAAUUCGCUUAGCGAUAAUCCGAUUCGUAUUAUUACGCAAGGACAAGAGUUAACAACAGAUUGCGAUGAGAAGACGUUAGCCGAAAUGGGCUUCAAGGAGAAUCAAAUGGUGUACAUAUCAAUGGGGGUUUCAAGAAACAUGAAGAAACGCGACUGCAUGGAUUCCCCGUCAUUGCAGCCGUCGCCACCACGCGAAUCUAUCCCAACUCUGCUACUCUUAAGACCAAAAUAUUUCGAGCAAUUGUUCAAUUUAAUGCACACACUGAGUUCAAUGAAAACACAAGUCAAGGGUGGCCACCAAAUACCGCACACGAAAGCCCAAGUUUUGAGCAGACGAGUAUGGGAGAUAUUGAGCCUGCUGCCCACCAAUCCCACUCUCCUUCGAGGUUUCCAAAAGCUGGACACGCCAUUGCAGGACCUUCUAGAUCCUUCCAGCGCGCAGAAAUUGAUGUACAGUCUUUAUAUUGUCGAAUCGCUCAGCGUGAAAUCCACUCCGAAAUCGGGAGAUGGACCGCAGGAGCCGUGGAAUCGUUUCUUUAUACAGCAUGGCGGUCUUAGACACAUCUUUGAUAUUUUUAUGUCAGGUGUGUUGCAAAGAUCGGGAGGAGACGGCAGCGAAUGGCAGCAAGAUUGCUUGGCUUCUCUUUUAAAGCUGUUAUGUCAGCUGGGCGUAGAGCAGUUGCCGCACGAAACCAGACCUAGCAGGACUGAGAAAAUCAUUAUACCUAGCUUGAAUGAAAGUAUGUUAGCUAUGUUGGAUGUUAAAACAGCGAUGCCUCAAUUAACUAGCAUACUAGAAGAAGCGUCACUGCCGCGCGAUCCAAAUCAUUAUAAAACAGGCUUCUGGGGUCGCGCUCAGGUGAUUCAUUACGCAAUGGCGCUCCUAGUUUCAUGGUUACAUUGUCGAGAGGAAGUGAGGGAAGCUCUGUUCAAGACUCCAAACUUUUCGUCAUGGUUACAGCGAUUGGUACUGGAAGAUCCUGAGCCGUCGGUCAGAAGGGAAGUCUGUUCAGCUCUAUACAGAUUAUGCUUAGGUGUAUCGGCCAAUGUAAACAGCGAUUCUAUGGACAACGGAUUAGUUGCUCCGAUGCUUGCUCAGUUGCUCACAUACAUGGAUAAAGCAGAAGGCAUGCGUCCUCAGAAAUUUGAAGUAAUACAAGCACCGGAGGAAGGAAAAGAACCUUACGGCCCUGCGUGCCGCGAUUAUUUCUGGUUGGUCUCUAGACUUGUCGAUAGUUUGCCGAGUGAGUUUAUCAAAGAAAGUUUAGAAGAUCCGCAGAAUUCCGUAAUUGAUGUGAACGGUUUAACCGAUUCUAUUGCCAGAUCAAUACUAUCACGGGAAUUCUUAGAAACGAGACAUAGAACUGUCGAUGAUGACGGAUUGGUGGGAUUGUUAAAUCUAUUAACAAACUUGAUCAAACACAAACCGCCGUUUCAAACCAGCAAGCAAGGGCAGGAAUUGCUUUGCGAAAUAUUCAAUUUCCUGUUUGCAUUGCCGAGUCCUAAACUGAGACACGUUCCCAAAUGCAAGAGCGCUCGCUCCCGUACCGCUGCAUUCGAUUUGUUGGUGGAUUUAGUUAAAGGAGCUCCUGAAAACUACGAUAUGUUGCACAAGAAACUACUGAAGCAACAUCAACCUGGACCGAACUCGCCAUAUCCUUGGGAUUAUUGGCCGCACGAAGAUGGUCGUUCCGAGUGUGGAUAUGUAGGACUUACCAAUCUGGGUGCUACAUGUUACAUGGCCAGUUGCAUGCAACAUCUUUACAUGAUGCCUCAGGCUAGAGCAUCCAUCCUUGCUGCAGAUACGUUGCACUCCAAACACGAAUCGACGUUAAAGGAAUUGCAGCGAAUGUUUGCAUAUUUGAUGGAAAGUGAACGCAAAGCCUAUAAUCCAAGAAGUUUCUGCAAGGUGUAUACGAUGGAUCAUCAGCCAUUGAACACUGCAGAGCAAAAGGACAUGGCAGAGUUUUUCAUAGAUCUCGUAAGCAAACUUGAGGAAAUGACGCCGGCGCUGAAAACGGUCGUUAAAAAUUUGUUUUGCGGUGUACUAAGUAAUAAUGUAGUUUCAUUGGAUUGCGAUCACGUUAGCAGAACAUUAGAAGAAUUUUACACUGUCCGAUGUCAAGUUGCAGAUAUGAGGAAUCUAUAUGAAUCUCUGGAUGAAGUCACUGUUAAGGACACUUUGGAGGGUGACAAUAUGUAUACAUGUUCACAAUGUGGGAAAAAAGUCAGAGCCGAAAAGCGGGCUUGUUUCAAGAAGCUUCCUCAUAUCCUUUGCUUCAAUACCAUGCGAUACACGUUUAAUAUGCUAACGAUGCUCAAAGAAAAAGUAAAUACACACUUUUCUUUUCCUCUGAGGUUGAAUAUGGCCGGAUACGUUGAAAAGCAAUUGAUGCCGCAACACUAUCAAGAGGACAAAUUGAAAAGUGAACCGGAACAAGAACAAUAUGAAUAUGAUCUAAUCGGUGUGACUGUGCACACUGGAACAGCGGAUGGAGGUCACUAUUACAGCUUCAUUAAAGAUAGAACUGCCGGUGCUAGAGAUAAAUGGUUUCUAUUCAAUGAUGCUGAAGUGAAACCUUUCGAUCCCAAUCAGAUUGCAGCAGAAUGUUUUGGUGGAGAGAUGACAAGUAAGACCUAUGAUAGUGUAACUGAUAAGUUUAUGGACUUCAGUUUUGAGAAGACGAACAGUGCAUAUAUGUUGUUCUACGAACGGUGUCCACUCGUUCCAACAGAAAGCUCGGAAUGCACAUCCACGAUGUUGGAUGCAUCCGGAGAAAAUAAUCUGCAAUCGCCGUGCUCUCCAACGCCGAGCACUACUUUCGAAUUGAGCAAAGAACUGGAAGAUUGGAUCUGGCAAGAUAACAUGCAUUUUAUUCAAGACAAGAAUAUCUUUGAACACACAUAUUUCAACUUCAUGUGGCAAAUUUGUGGAUACAUUCCCCAAACCAUAAUGCCUAUUAAACCGGACAUCACGCAACGAGCUGCCGAACUUUCGACCUCGUUCUUCAUCGAAACAUUUAUACACGCUAAAGAAAAGCCGACGAUGGUCCAAUGGGUCGAACUAGUUACUAAACAGUUCAAUGCUUGUCAAGAGGCGUGCGUGUGGUUCUUAGAACAUAUGGUUCGCGACACUUGGUGGCCGGUCCAGGUGCUUCUCAAGUGUCCGAACCAAAUGGUCAGGCAGAUGUUUCAGAGACUGUGCAUACAUGUGAUUCAAAGGCUGAAGCAAAGUCACUCCAGCCUUUACCUGCUAGUCGAUGAAGAUUUAUCUGCGGAUUCGUCGCAAGCAACGGACGAUGAGAAUGUCAAUAUAGAACCCAGCCGCAUAGGAAACGCCUCUUGCGUCACUAAAUUUGUAAAGACGCUUCUGUCCUUAAUGGAGCAUGGAGCUAAGGCUCAUCUCAAGCAUCUUACCGAAUUCUUCGGAUUUCUAUACGAAUUUAGUAGAAUGGGCGAGGACGAAUCAAAGUUCUUGUUAACUGUGGGCGCCAUCCACACCAUGGUGGAUUUCUAUUUAGGCCACAAAGUUAAUGAUUUUGUCGAUGUUAGUGAAGGGGAGGAAGAGGAAGAAGUUGUAACUUUGCCUACCGAUAAGUACAAACCCGCGUCUCUAGAUAAGAUGAUAACGCUUAUUGCGUCUCUGGUCGAGAAAAGCAGAGACUCAGAUUUAAGACUGAAACUUAGUAUUAAAGAUUAUAACGCGGUUGCCGGCGGCAAGGGAUUCCCGUUCCUAUAUCAACAAAUCAAAGAUAACAUUAACCUUCAACAGACUAGAAACUUGAUUCACUCCCUAUGUCGCGGCAAUGAACGUUUAGCAACGUCCAUUAUAGGAAUGCUGUCGCAGGCUAUCAGCAGGAAUUCUGACUCGUGUCAGCCUUUUUUCAAACUGCUGACAUUGUUGACUGAAGGAGGUAAUCAGAGUGCCGCUGGUCCUUCAGGAUUACCUUGCUUCACGCAGCUGGUUUUGCAGCGUGUUUGGGAAGCGGCCGAGUGCUGUCCCCAUUCCGCGCUGGAUUGGUUGGCUUUACAGGUCACCAGGAGUAGGCUCGUCCACCAAUGGGUGUUGACCUCACUUGAUUCUUGGUUAGAACACUUUUUAAUUGCUCACGGAAAUCAACGUGUUAGAAAUGCUGCGGGAUUCCUGCUGGUAUCUUUAGUACCGAGCACGCAGUUCAGGCAGGGAUUUCGUGCCACCCAUCGAUUACACAGGGAACUGUCGCUCUCGCCUGAGGCAAUGAACAUCUUACAUCAAAUUUACACAGCUCUGCUGAGGUUACUAUCUCCAGCAAAGCACUACACAGAUAUGCAACAACACGGAACAAUGAAACUCACCACUUACUUUGCUCUACUUGUGUACUGCUGCAUUACACGCACUGAGAAAUUAAUGUUUGGUCAAUAUUUUCUGCAUUUGUGGCAUCUGUUCCACCCGAAACUAUCGGAGCCGUCCAUACCUGCACACCACAAUAAGCAAGCACUUUUGGCAUUUUGGAACCACGUAUGCACGGAUUGUCCCGAGAACGUGCAGUUGAUGCUGCAGAAUGCGCACGUAACUAAGAACAUUGCGUUCAAUUAUAUUUUAGCCGAUCACGACGAUCAAGAUAUUGUAGUGUACAACAGAGCGAUGCUACCGGCAUAUUACAGCCUCCUUCGUAUGAUGUGUCAAUUGUCAAGGAUAUUCACGAGGCAAUUGGCGCAGCAUCAAAAUCUCCAAUGGGCGUUUAAGAACAUUACACCGCAUCCGUCCCAAUAUCCGACGGCUGUCGAAGAACUGUUCAAACUUAUGCAACUGAUGGUUAUGAAGAAUCAGGAGUGUUCUGAGACGGAUCAAAGGGAGAUUUGCAGCUUUAGGCGUACAACUUUAACAACUUACUUACAAUGUUUAGAUGGUAGAACGAGUUGGGCAACCUUGAUUUCGGCUUUUAGGAUAUUGGUCGAAUCGAACGAUGAUAAACUUUACGUGGUAUACAACGGAGGUCUUCAAAUUGUAUUUGAGUCGUUCCAAAAUUUACACGUAAUGUUGCACGAAGCUACUGCAUGUCACGUUUCCGGCGAACUACUGGAGGUCCUUGCGAUAAUGUUGGAGUUGACGCGUUGCGUACGUAUGUAUCGUGAUACCAAAGACGCUCGUGGUAUUUUAUUGGCAUGCAAAGAUUGGAUAGAAGUUCUAAGAAAGCUGGCCUCUCUUUUGAAUACAUACAAUCCACCUGAUAUGAGGACUUAUUGCAUUGAAAUAUUGAAGGAAUUUGUAUUGGUGAUGCCUAGCGAGGUAAUGCAGAUUUUGGUACCGCUUCUUUCGCAUUGUCACUCGGCUUUCCAAGAUAGUCACGAUGCCGUCCCAUUGGGUCCUUACUUCCCGAAGCGAGGACACACUGUGCCGAACGUCUCGGGAAAAGGCAUUUCCCGACCAAUCAGACCAAUGGUUCAGAUGACCGUACCGCAAAAUCAACUGGAGAGCAGUCGAGGCGUUGAUUCGGAGUAUGACGAAUCUUUGGAUAAAUUUUAUACGCCAUACCAUGAGUUCAUCGAUAUGCUCUGCCGGCUGGCAGUGAACUCCGAGAGUCUUUCGGACGUGAUGGUUACGCUAAGUGCGAUGGUCGGGUUCGAGGCUGUCCCAUUGCACUCCACCUUCUUUCCAAAAUUAUGGCUGGAUGUACUUCGCGUACAGCACGUGGAUCGAAAAUAUAUAAGUAUGCUAACGUCCUGCAAUUAUUUCGUCGAUUAUAUAGACUCCGUGUUGUUGGAUGAAAGAACUGCUUUGACUGUUGAUGUGAUAUACGAAUUUUUGACAACAUUUUUCCCUAAGGUUUCUGCGCACGUUCUAUCCGAACAAACCUUGAAUAUGAUCGACAACACUGUGGUAUCGUUGAGUGAGCAAGUUGGCUCGAUGGACGUGAGGAAGACGGCCAGGCGUCUUGCUGGAGAUCUUCGAGCUCUGAUCCUCGUCUACAACAGUCCUGAAGCUGUUCCACCGAACUUACUUGUUGGAACUUUGAAACAGCUGCUGAAGAAUGUGGAAGCGGAAAUUGCGAAAAUUAAACCAAAAGAAGAAUCGAAAAGCGCUCCUCCAGGAAAUACGGACGACUGUGAUGAUGCGAAACCUAGUACUUCAAAGGGCACGGGUUCGGUGGAAAGCAAGGAGGUUGGCGUUAGUGGUAGCAGCAGUAGUAGCGGCGUUACGAACACCGAAUCUAAGAAUGAGAGUGACACGGAAGUGCACCAUGCCGGGGAUGGCUGCGACGACGACAAAUCCAAAGUUCCGCUGAGAAAUCUGAAGCUGCUUGAAACAACGAUAAACGAAUUACUGGUGAUCGUGGAGAAGCAGGCCUGAACGUGUACAUUUACUCUCUCCUCGUCGCCAAUCGUCCCCCAAUCCUCGUUUUUUUUUUAUAACUAUAUAAAAUAUAUAUAUGUAUAUUUGCCGUUGUUGACCAAUAUGUGUGUUCACUACUUGUUGGCUUCCUGAUGAUGAUGUCUAGGAGCGUAUUAAAAAAAAAGAAUUAUUUAUAUUA